UACCAAACAUAAUUUAAUUUCAGUAUCAAACAUUUAUACUCCUGUUUUUUCUGAUCUGAUUGAUGUUUUACUCACCUGUUUUACUCCGUGCUGUUGGUCGUCAAUUCCAGUGGUAUGCCGUUUACAUAAUUUCGGGACACACCGACUUUCAAAACGAGCACAACGACACUUUUUCCUUAUUUGACGUAGAAUCAGGAAGUCACGGGAUAGUUUUGCUUCGGUUUUUCGAGUAUCAAAACGGUGUGGUUGUUGCUUUCUCUAGAGUAAAAAAUGAGCCGAAUUUAUAACAAUACGUCCUUGCAGAAUAAACCUGUUCAUAAUGAAAAGAUUGAGCACGCGUGGGCCCCCUCCUCAUAUCAGAGUGGUCUAGGUGUCAUAUUAGAGGGGAAGUUGGUUGAUGUCUCACGCCAUGUUAUCACUGACGUCAACAAUCAGAAGGACCGUUUCUAUGUCCUAUACAUCAAACCUAGUCGAAUCCACCAAAGGAAAUUUGAUGCUAAAGGAAUGGAAAUUGAACCAAACUUCAGUGAUACCAAAAAGGUCAACACUGGUUAUCUCAUGUCAUCAUUCAAGGUGGAGGCUAAAGGAGAGACUGAUUGCCUCACUGAGGUCCAGCUGGAAAACCUAGUGACCAAGGAGGAUCUGGUGAAAGUGACAGGGAAACACUGUCUAAGUGGGACCUAUGCUUUCUGGUACCCAGAGGGAGAGAUGAGCAAGACUGAACUAGAAACAGGCCAGGACAUUCGACUGAAAACCAAAGGCGAUGGUCCAUUUAUUUUUUCCUUGGCCAAAGUCGAUGGAGGCACAGUGACCAAAUGCAAUUUUGCCGGAGACAAAGAAGCAGGAGCAUCGUGGACAGACAAAAUAAUGUCCAACAAAUCCGAUGCCAGCAGUGCAACGAAGUCUGAAGGCCAUGGCGAGGGAGCAGAUGAGGAGGAAUGGGAUGAAUGAGGAGAUGAUUGGAAUUGCACAGUAAAACCUCCUUAUUCCUGUGAUGGUUUGUACUCCACGGUUCUACCCUCUUAACAUUGCUUGUGCAGCAUAUGCACACUAAAGAGGAAGAGGGUCGUUUCAUUUUUUAUUCAGCACUCCUUUUGUAAUAUAGAGUUCUCUACAAGAAGUUGGCAAAUCUGGCUAUUGCAGUGUAUCUUCGGUAUAGGGGUGUACAUGUAUUGCUUUGAACCUGUCUUUGGUAAAUGUCAUACAUGCUUUACUUCUCUACGUUCUCUCUAUUGAAAAUGUAUCCUUGUUUGUAGAAGGGUACAAAUGAUAUGUACUGCACAUAUUAACCUUGUAAUAAAACAAAUAUGUAAAUUUA